CAGACGGCAGGGGAGUGGUCAAAGCGCGAGAGGGAGACCUUCUAAGUGCUGUUGAGAAAGCACGAAGAGGGGUGGUGGUACAGGCCAUGCAGGAGCGACCUUCAAGCCAUGCUUCGUCUCUAACCCCUUCCUCAUCCACCGCCUCCUCUACAACUUCCUCCUUCCCCUCCAUUUCCGAUCCCCCGACAUCCUCCUCCUCUCCUUCUUCCUCCUCAGCACCUUUUCAUAUGAUUUGGCGCUCCUUUCCUCCUUCUAAUGCCUCCGGCUCUUCCACUUCAUGCUCUUCUCACCAUUUGCUAAGUCCAAGCCGUCUACUGCAGGGCACACGGAACUUCCAAAUUUCAGCCAUAUUUUUGGUACUCAUCCUUCUGAACGCCUUUCCGACCCCCCUCAGCCUGGCGUGCCCCCCCUCUUCCCCGCCUCGCCGCUCCUUUUCGCCUAAUGUACACCAGGGUCCAAAGACCCUUCAUCCCGCCUAUUUCAAACGCGCUGCCCGACGACGAUUUUCAGCCGGAGCGGGAGAAGCGACCAGCCUACCCCCGACCCUGGCCGCCUUUCACGGCAGAGGAGGAGGAAGGGGUGGAGGAGAAGGAGGCAGCGGGGGAGGGCGGGCAUUACUACAUCAUAGAGGAGGAAGAAAGGGUGAUGAUGAGGCGGGAAGUGACAGUAGUGGCAGGGACGGAACCGCACCCACGCCGCGCGCGCUUUGAGCUGCACAAGUGAACGCUGGCAGUCGGUGACGAGUGUGGAUGUGAUAGAAGACGGACAGAUCCUAGGAGGGGCAAAAAAGGGCUUGCCAGAACAGACCCUCCUCCGUUGGCAAGAGAGCCCUCGAAACGUCCUCCUCCUCAUGAAACGCGGCUCCCACGACAUCCUUCAGAGGGUGGCGGACAUCACCAAUUUCCUCCAGGCCCGCGAGGGGGUGCGGGUGCUGGUAGAGCGUCAAGUCAAGUGAGACCUC